AUGAUGCAGAACGACAGAUCUCUUGAUCGAAGAAUCACCCGAGUGCAGUACUAUGUGGUCAAAGUUGCUGAGCUACGCUGGCCUUCCCGCAACCAAUGGUGCAGGUUCCUCAUGCACGAUGCGUCUGGAAGUCGCAAUGCCGAUAGUGCGGCUGAGUAUUACACUUUUCUCUUUCCCAUACAGCGGACGAGAUUUUCUUUGGUCCGAUUGACCUUCGAAUCCACCUCUCGCAAGGUCAACGUGCCAACGUCCCAGACAAAUACGGAUUCUGCAGCCGCACUCAGCUAUCCUCACCUGCAAAAAUACUUAGAAUAG